CGUAAUAAACUUGUCAAUUCGACGACGGAAGCAGCGAAGAAGAGUGGUCUCCUGUCAUCGUCCUGAAAUAAUCGCUAGCCUCGCAUUGGACAUUUUAAAAGGAGGCCUAUAUCGCGGUCUAUCCAGCUGCCAUGGCAUCUCCAGGGGGACAAGGAGGGGGAAUUUUGUCCACUCGAGGAGGAGCCGGUUCCAGGAGGAUGAAGUGGGCUCUGGAACUGAGUUUAGGCAACACUAGGUGUCGUAGUGACCGCCAGGCCGGCCAGGGAGAUGUCGUUUAUCCCAUUGGCUAUUCAGAGAAGCCUGUUCCCGACACCAGCAUCCAGGAAACGGACAAGAAUCUGGUGGAGAAGCGAUGCUGGGAUGUCGCCCUAGGCCCUCUCAAACAGAUCCCCAUGAACCUGUUCAUCAUGUACAUGUCGGGGAACACCAUCUCCAUCUUCCCCAUCAUGAUGGUGUGCAUGAUGGCUUGGAGGCCCAUUCAGGCUCUGAUGUCUAUGUCAGCCACUUUUAAGCUGUUGGAGAGCUCCAGUCAACAGUGGCUUCAGGGACUGGUCUACCUGGUGGGUAACCUGCUGGGCUCGGCGUUGGCCGUCUACAAGUGUCAAUCGAUGGGGCUGCUACCCACACACUCGUCCGAUUGGCUUGCUUUCAUUGAGCCUCCUCAGAGGAUGGAAAUGAUGGGCGGAGGGAUGGUGUUAUGAAGCGGGUGCCGCACACACUCGUCAGGCAACUAUGUCCGGCAUCUGUUGCGGCAGCCAUUGCGACCCCGGCGCCGGAGGGAGCCUUCGAUGCGCUGUCAGCGGCCAGCAUUUUUGGGAAUGUCUUACUUUGUUUUUGCCUUGUUUCUUUUUGGACAGAGAUGUUGUUUAUCAGUCUGUGUGUGC